GUAAACAGCAAAAAGAAAACGAAAAACAAAACAAAACAGUGAUAUUUUAGUUCAAAAAGCGAUUAAAUUCACCGAUAACCGAUGUUAGGCAACCCUACAUUACGCUCAUGGGAUCGUUGCUACUGGCAACCCUGGUCAAAAAGUCAAAACAAAACGGUUUUGAAUUUAAUUUGUGUAUUCAAGUUGCCUUCAACAGAAAAAUGGAUAAAAAGAAAAAUAGGAAAAUUCAGACCUCGCGACGUUAUCGAAGGACUGAGCAAGAGGUCCAAGCAUUGUUGAGAGACACACAGAGUCUGAGUGGAGGAGAAGAGAUGUCCAAUGAAUUAAGAAGCUUACAGUUCUUCCAUGGCCAAACCACGGACAAUGAAAAAGGUAGUGGGCGUGUAGAGGAGGAGGAAUUGGAGCACGUUCCUGAAUCAGAUGCUGAAAGUGAAGAGGAUUCUGGUGGCGAUCUAGCCAGCAAUAGUAAAUAUAGUGGAUCACCCAGCCGGCACACAUUCAUACAAAUUGAUUUUAACGAUCCACCGCUGGUUUGGCCAAAGCUGGUGAAGCAAGAGCAUUACUAUGAUUAUAGUCUUCUAUAUAAACCCAGUAGUGUGCUGAACUUUCAGUUAAAUAUGAGUGACCAACAUGCAACAACAAAAGGUCUAACGGGUUUUCAAAAACGUCUAAUAAAUCGCUUUCAAGAGCAGUCCAAAAAAAACGGCAGUAGGUUGAGCCCAGAUUUGUUGGCCCAACUUGCUGAUGCCAACUCCGCGGAGUUUGUAAUUGAUCACACACUUUAUCGGAGUUAUUGUAAAAAAGAAUUUUCAAGUAUUUUCUUUACGCCACUUCCAAUGGAUCAGGUUCAGGGCUUACCCAUUCGUCGUUUCUUUAAACUAACAUUCAGGCAUUUGAGGUUCACCUGUCACCCACAUUUUCUGGACGAGCAUUAUUUGGCCCAGCAGUUGGAGGAUCUCUUCGAUCUUUAUGCACAACAGCAGAAGCAACAAAUUCGCCAAAAAUUACGCCAAGAGUUAGAACUAGCACGACAAGUAGCUGCAAAGUUACUUCAAAAUGCUCGAGAGGCUCAAUCCAGUGAAAUCAAGCGACAGCUUCGUCUUAUCCAGCAGCUGAGAGAACGUUACUAUGCCGAGUCCAGUUCGCAGCGUAAACUACUCAAACGCCUACUCAAAAAUUGGGCUAAGUUGAAGGAACUCCGUCGACAACAGAAAUUUCAGUGCACUCGCUUUCAAUUAAGCCUGCGGGUGAGUAAGCCCCAGGAUCUGGUCACUUGUUAUGCCACAUGGAAGCAGAAUUUUGAGACUGAUUUGGCAGAAGUCUAUCGGGAGCAUUUGGAGUUGUUUUACUGCCGCCGUCGGCUCUGGAGCGAGGACAAUCCCUCCGGCUCUCAAUCACAAUUAAAGCCACCCCGCAAGCCUAAUUUCGAUAAAAUUAUGGCCAAUUUAAAAAGGGAAUACGAAUGUGCCUUUAAUGACCCGGAGGAACCGCAUAUCGAUAUUAUACGGCUUUAUGCCGAUGAAUCUCAGAUGCGGAUUUCACUGCCAGGCGAUGUCAAGUCCCGAAAUUAUUUUAUGAAACUUUACCUAGAUGGACAAUAUGUGGGUCAUACUAAAAGCUAUCGCCUUGAGCCGGAUCUGCAUUUAUAUAUGAAUGAAUGCAUUGGAGUGUUACUAGAGCGAACGUUACCAGAGGAAUUAAACAUCUGGCUCUAUGAAAAAUCUACUUUAACCCCUCAAAGUCGUCGUGUUGCCCUGAUGAGUACCACCCUCGAGUUGAGUUCCAAAUGCAAUGCAGACAUAAUCCAUAAAAAAUUAACCUUCAAGGAGACAUCCUCUACAUCUGGGGAUUUAUUUGUACACUACGAAUAUCGUUCAGCCCAAGCGAUUAAUUCGUUUGGUCAAUUGGAUGACAUAAGAAAACUGCCAGCUGCUCUGCAACGCAAACUAAUGGCCAAUAGUCUUCCAAGUCUCAAAGAACUAUCCCAAUCGGAUACUCAGACUGCUCCCCGACCACCUUUUCGUGGCAAAUCGAAGAAGAAAACUUUGUCUUCGGCAUUGUCCUUGAUUUUUGCCGAACAGCAGUUACAAUUCUGUAGCAUGGCGACUUUAUUGGGGAAUCGUCGUUUUCAAAUUCUUCAUUCGCGUCACCAGCAAAGGAACUUCCACACAAAGCAGUUGCGAUUCGUACCAUCCUUUGAGCAUGAGAUGACAGAGCUAGAUUUAAUACCAACCGAUGGCACGUCCGAGCCAGCACUUUUGGAGCCGGGAUACUGUUGGAAUCCAAUCGAUCUACACAAGCAUCGCGGACGUAAAUUCUUACAGUUGCUCUAUGAGGUAAUUAGGAGUCAAUCGGCCAGAAGAGCUAGGGCAAUGGAGACUCCGCUGCCUCUUUUGCUACUGGCCAACGGAGAGGUGAAUCAUUCAACAGGCUGGACAGGUCUAUGGCGUGCACUUUUAUCUUGGUUUACUGCUGGCGGUGAAAAAGGCAUAACACGAGAACCCGCAAAUUGGCAGCCAGCAGCAACUCCAAAUGAAUAUCAGCAAUUCACCAUAUCGCUGCAUGUGGUAAGAGCGAGCGGAGUGCCGGUGCGUAGUCGCCAUAUUUUGAAUGUGGAACGUCUGCCAACCGGUGGAGGGGACAUUAGUGCCAAUUUAUUUGUUACUCAGACUCUGAUGUAUUCGAAUGUACGUCCAUUUAUAACCCUAAGCUACGGACAACGUUUGAGUCGUAGUCGUACUGCCGAGGGCAGUAAUCCAACAUGGAAUGAGCAGCUUCAGCUGCAGCUUAAUGGUCAUGUGAGUGAUUUACGGGAAGAUAUUAAGAUUAGUCUCUUCGAUGAACUUGUCGAGCAGCAAUUUACUGAUGAGGCCUCGGAUCUUUAUCAGCGAGUGCAAUGCAACUGGCUUGGAGAAUACCGAGUGCCAAUCAAUUGUCUGCUAGCCACUGGGAAGUUUGAAGGUUGCAUUGAGAUGACGAUGCCAAAAAUUCUGGUAGGCUAUAAACGCCCGCUUAUUGAUUCGGUGACCAACAUUGCAUCAGAUCAAUAUCCUGAAUUCAAGGAGUCAGUACAUCUUUGGUUCUAUCUCAGCAUUGAACCAAAUGGUUGCGAUCUAGCACCCAUGCAAGUGAAUGCCUUGGCCUGCGCAGAGCUUCCAGAAUUGCAGAGCUUCCUUCAGGAGCGCCGCCUAGAUGUGCAACAAAUGCUGCCGCAACCGCAACGCUACGUGGAUCCGUUAAUUUGCACGGCUCAGGGCAAACGAGUGUGCCUUACCCGCCUUCUCGAGCCAGUGCCUCUGCCACCUUCCUUGAAUUUAAGUGUAGAAAGUUGUGCACGUUUUGUGUCAUUGCUUUCGCACUUCCGUCCGUAUGAUGGUUGCCAACGUUUUCAGGGAGUAUGGCUGGACAAUCAAUCAUUGCUAGACAGUACUUGGUGUUCCCCCAAGGACUUGGGGGUUUUAUUAUGCAAUUAUAUGCUAUCCUUGGGGCUGCAGUGCUGGCUUCUCCUCGGUGUGGCCUGUCCAUAUGGCGAAUGCUCGUUUGUUCUCUUCCGGCAACCAGAUACGGCUGAUCUAUUGCUACUGGCCCCAGCUACAGGCAAACGCUAUCAACUCUAUGACGUCUAUUGUCCUUUAAUGCGGGUUUAUUGCUUGGUUAGCCAACAGAAUAUCUAUUUCAACAUUCAAACUGAGAUGCGUGUAAGCAUGACCAAUUUCAAUCCCCACGAUAGUUCUUGUUGGCUUCCACUUUUUAAUAGGAGACAGCCAACGGCCCCACAGGCUGGAAUUCAGAAACUUGACUAUGUUUACAAAAAGACCUAUGAUCUGAGCCAACUACAGAAACGUAUUGAAAGGAAGAUUAUGAAAAAGAUCAGUGCCUGGCGAGCGACCAGAAAAACAAUCUGGAAUCGUGCCUUCCAACCCCAUUUACAGAAAAUCCUACGUGAACUUGAAAAUCUCUCUAAUUUCUCAACUAGCCGUUACGAUGAACCAGCCUAUAGUGAGGAGCUAGAGCGCGAAUAUCCCAAUUUUAGGCUUUACGGAUUUACCCUUAACUUUUCCUAUACAAAUUUGGCGGCAAUUACGGAGCGUAUACGUACAACUUGCAUACACUAUAACAACAACACGGUGGAGUUCUGUGUGGCUGUGCAUAUCAAUGCCUAUGCCAAUGAUGUACUUUCUGUCUGGCUGUUUCUUUUGUCAAUAGUGCCUCUAGUCGAGUAAUCCAACUAGUGAAAUCAAACCAAAUGAACUGAUUACUAUCGCUUUUAUGGAACAAAAAGAAAAAAAAAGAAGAGAUAAUUUGACUUAAAA